AUGGGUUUUCACCUGACCCCAUUUCGUGUAAAGCGCUUGUCAGUGCCUUUGUGGAGACUAAGGUUGAAAGAGGCUGGAGUGUGCCUGGCUAUAAUGACUUGGAAGGCGGCUUUGUCGGGUUGCCUUAAGGUUGGGAGGACUGAUAUUAUUUGGAAAUUGUAUCAAGAAAUGAUAGAAUGUGCUGUUGUAGCUGAUGUUGAGUUGAGACUGUUGGAUAUCUCAUUCAAGCUUUUUGUGCUGAUAACAGGGUUUUGGAGGGUUACGAACUUCUUCGACAGGUUUUGA